CUCCCGUUCACGCCUACGUCGUUGCCAACAUAUUCGAUCUCGACGGUCCCAACGUUCACAUAGCAUGCUUGCUACGCUCCUGCAUUGGCCACUGCCAUCUCUGUAGUACAGGCUUUCGCCAUGAACAACCCUCCUGGAUCGAUCCCCGCGCGUAGCACGACUCCGCACCCGCGACGGCCGCCUGCUCACCAAUCUGUAUCUCUCCGCCAUAGCCCGCCCACCGAGAAGCAUGCCGCAAAGACACGCAUCCGACCUCAGAGCACCACUCUUAGUUCCCCCAAUCCACCCGCCAGCGACAAGGCGAACCCACCUUCGAGUGUUUCGCCCAAGAUAACGAAUAAGAAUAGCUCUGGAGAAAGCAGUGAUGCGGGCAGGUGGUUUGAAAACACCAACAACAAUGCCAUCCAGGGUAACACAUCGUUUGCCGAUACAGAUGAUCCACCUUUCUUCCUCCGCAACUCCUCCUCUUCAGGAACUCCCCCAGAAGGUUACGAUGUGCGCCCCGCCCCUUACCGUCAACAAUCGACUUCGAUGCCAUACCGGCCCAACCUUGCGCACCUUGGCACAGACGGGAGCAGCACUGAAGAGUUCAGAAGUGUGAUAGAUGAUCUGACCGUUGCGAACAAGAAAUUGAAGCAGAAGCUAAAGAAAUACGAGAAAUUGUACGAUGCCCAUCUUCAGGAUGAAAAGUUGUUCGAGGUGAGGUUCCACGGAUUGCCUGAUCAUAAGAAGAAGGAAUUGGAAGAUACUCUGCGCACAUUUGCUGCCAAUCUUGACGACACCUCACAUAACGCCAACAGUUUGGCUGCACCGUACCCUACCACACUGGAUCAACAUAAGACGUCGUCUCUCAAUUCUCGUUUUGCAGAGUCUGGCUAUGCAUCAAUGCCGGCAUCGGGUCAAUAUUCUAAUGCUCCCUCGGGUCAGACAACGACACCAUCCGGUCACAACAGUGAUCGACAGAUGUCCAGAUCACAGUACAGUCGCCAACAACAGAGCAUUCGAUCUUACCUACAAGACAUUCCGCCAGGCCUCUUGCCGAAGCACAAUGCGGCAAUGUCAGACAAGACCAAGAAGAAAUUAAUCGUUCGUCGCCUGGAGCAAAUCUUUGCUGGAAAGCAUUCCGUACCUGGACAUCACCCGCAACAAGCGCAACAAGAAGAAGUAGCGCAGUCCGCGGCGACUGCUGAUCGUGAGGCCAAGGAAGCAACCGGUCAACCAUUCCGCAAGGAAGGCUUGCGGGAAGCUCGCAUAAUGCCAAUCCGCUCCGAAGACGAUCACACAUCUGCCCAUUCUUUUGGUACCCAAAAGUUGCGCCCCUCCAUGGCUGACCAAGGAUCCGGUUCCCCGGAUCAGCGGCCCACUCGACCCCUCGAUCUGGAUCCCUAUCGUGCUCAGGUGCCUGCAGAGAACAUGGAGUAUAUUCGCCACCUAGGUUUUACCCCCCCAGAUAUGGAGUCUGAAGUGUCACCAGAAGAAGGUCACGGCUGGCUGUAUCUCAACCUCCUGAUUAACAUGGCGCAGCUCCACACGAUUAAUGUUACCCCGAGCAUCGUGAAAGAAGCAGUCCAGGAGUACAGUUCCAAGUUCGAGCUGUCGCACGAUGGCCGCAAGAUAAGGUGGAAAGGUGGCAUCGAUGUCACCAAGAACAGUGACAGUUCCUCAGAACGACUGAGUAACUAUUCACCCUACGAUCUAUUGGCUGAAACAAGCUCCGGGUCACCUUCCAAGCGCAUGAAGACCGAACACAGUGGGCAUAGCAUCGAUUCAUCUUCCGUGGACCCAGAACAGGAAGCACGACGUAUGGCACGUGCAGCAAAAGAGAGAGACCAAAACAAGGUGGCUUACACUCCACUGUUUUUCCACAAGGAGGACUCGGACGAUGAGAAUGAUAUUUACAAUAUCGACAUCUCCUCAAGCAACUCACCUUAUCUUGCGCAACAACGAGGUGACUCGUCAGGUUUCGCCAGUUCAGCAAUGAGAAGCUCCUCGUCCCGGAAGAGGCGCGAAGACGGUCCAAUUAUAUUCUACAACAAGGCUAAAUUCUGCACCGAUCUGAGCGGCGACCGAAAAGGCUUCUCCGUUAUUAAUGCCGGCUCAUAUAAAAGUCUUCCCACUCAACCACUCGGAGUAGAAGCUCCCGUCUACACUCGAAGUGCCGCGCGUCGUCAUUUGGAUAAUCCUUCUGGAAUAGGGGAGUUGAAGGGUUCACGGGAUUCUGAACCCAUGGACUUAGAUCUGGAUCCUAAGGGUGCCCGCACAACAUCAAGUGAGGGCAGCAUAGGGUUUUCGCCCGAGGCGCUUCGUGGUGACUCUGGUGACGACAGUCCGGAUGUCAUGGAGUUCGAGGCCUCUGGGCUAGGAGGGGUGCAACCAGAUGAUAAUUUCUCAAUCAAGGUCAGGCGAUCUCAGCAAUAUGAAUCACUUGCACAAGGUCAACACGAAGCUAGAAGAUCAAAUUUAUACCCCAAACUCAUCCAGGAUGCAUUGAACGACCGAACCGCAAGUCAAAAAGAAAGAGAUGCCAACCAACCCAUCGUACGAGAAGAUAUUUUGUCUGCCUCGCGUAGAAGCUUACCGAGUUCGGCAUUGCCGCCUGCAUCAUUCAUGCCAUUUGACUCUACUUCAUCUGGCGAUGUUGAUUCAGACCUGGAAUCAGACGUUUCAUCUGGCCCUUCCACAUCGAGUUCCUCAAAUCGGGAUUUUGACACUGAAAUACAUCUUGUCAACUUUUCACCUAACAACCAAGGCGGUCAUGGUGAGAACAAUGAUGAAGAAGAUGGGUCAUCUGGAUCGGAAAGCGAUACAGAUAGCAGCAUUGACUUGCUUGCUACAGCACGGAGACUGGUACCUAACACGGUGUUAGCCAGUGAAAGAGAGUAUGACGCCGAUUUAGCUGAGCGACUUGCCCAUGAAAUUCCGGCCGGAAGUUCUGCCGCGACUGCUGGUGGUGGAAGCGGCUUCAACACUCCCGUGAGCAGGCAAGACCAGGGAACUGAGGAUGGCGGUAGCUCCAAACGUCCAAGCAAUGCAAGCGGCAGUGCCUCGACACGCGCAAAGAACCUGAAGCGAACCAGAACGAGUGAUGGCAUGGCGAACACACAAAGAAAGAGAUGACCAGAUUAAAAUGAUUUUACUAAGGCAUAUCUCUUAUCCACUUAUUUUCCUGUUCAU